CGCUCUCUUCUGGUUUCAUCGGCAGCGUUAGGUAGUUUUGUAAAAUAAAAAAGCCAACUAAUUAUGUUUUCUGAGGCAAAGGUAAGCUUUUAGGGAGGACAUAUCUUUAAAUUACCUGCCGUAGUAGCGUAAUUAGCUACCUUAAAGGCAGUUAGUGUCGUGCUAGCGUUUAAGUCCAGGGUAACUUUGUUCUAUGGAUGUACCAAGCAGGGACAGUGGAUAAAGUGGUAUUUUAUUGUAUCUAAGUAACCCAGUCAGAUAAACAUGCCAGUCCAUCUAUAGCUGGAGGUCAGUAAGGAUCAGGUAUAAAUCAGAGCCACACUAAAACAACCUCUCUGUCCUGUGUUCACCGAUGUAAUUUUGCAAAGCUGCUAUGAAAUCCAGUGGUCCUGUGUUUACAAGGCAGAAUCCCUUCCCACCAGCAUCCACUGUGAGGAGGACACACUACCACCCAUCCCGCAACCAGGCCCUGUCAAAGAAAGAGAAGAAAAUAACUCUGAGUCCUGUACGUUUAAGCCAGAAAUCCAGUCCACAGCAGUGUAGGAAAUCUGACCGCCGUUUCUCCACCACUGAUGGACAACCUGUUUUUGAAGAGUGUUGGCCCUCCUCUGAUUGUGAAUUGUCCCCUGGCACCACUACCACCUCACCUGUCAUGGAGACACCCAAACAGUCUGCCAGACCAGGGAAAUCCACAGUUUCCUCAUCACAGGGAGUUCAGCAGGAUUCAGUGUUGGCAAAAUACAUCGAGCGUUUUCGCCACGGUCAGCCGCAGAGUCGAGAGGAUCGCCAGCAGAUGGCUUGUGCCACUGGAGAGGAGCUGGAGAGUUUUUGGUGGAUGUCACCCUCAUCUUCACCUCCCAGUUCAACACCGAUUAAAACAACAGACAAAGAUGACCACGAUCCUGCCAUUUUCAGUCCAGCUGGACAGCGUCGGCGUGACAGAUCCUUUUCUCCAUGCAGAGGAUCCCUUAGUAUUUUGUCUGACACUUCCCAGAGUGAAUUUGAUGACACAGAGAUACUGCAACUUCAAGAAAAGGCCAGCAGACUUUUGCUGAGAGGUGAAUGUCCCCUGGGCGAUGGAUCUGUGCCGGUCAGCUCAGAGGGCCUGGGAUGCUCCGAUUUCUCUUCUCCAGUCAGCGUGGAUGAGCCAGUGCAACAGCCUUUGAUUCCCAGUUUAAUAGCAUCUACCACUGGUAAUGUGUUUACAGUGAAGGCCAGCUCACACCCAGUUCAUACUGUAUCAUCCCAAAAAUCUUUCAUCCCUCCUCUGAGGCCACCAACACGUCCAGAAGAUGACAUCUUGUUCCAGUGGCGCUUAAGGAGAAAGAUGGAGCAAGCCAGAGAGCGGCCCCAGUUCCUGCAACCGUCUCCUCUUCAUGGUUCCACAUUUAGCUGGCAGGCUCCCGGUUUAAGCCAUCCUUCUGCCAGCGGGCAGGCCUACAAGAAUACUCCACCUCCUCAAUCCCUACAAAGAGACACUCAUGCACAUGUCGCUGCUCCUGAGCCAGAAACCGAAGAGACCAACAGACCACGUCCUCCAGAUCCAGACCAUCUUCCCUUCCCUGCCUUUGUUGCCUCUGGCUGUUCAGCCUCUCAACCGCAUACUGUUGCCCAUGUUCCUGCCCACAUGCAUUUCCUCUGUGAUGUCUUGCCCUGUCCCAGCCAGACAUCUCAUGUCAGAGCGAAACAGAGUAUUCCACAAAGGUCAGAUGAGCCUCAGACCAAAGUCGCCAAUAAAAAGACCCAAGUUUCUGAAAACUAUACAAAUAUUUUUAGCAAUGUGCCUCCUGGUGAACAUGUGUCAACUUCACUCCCUGCUUCAUCUGGAGCUAUAGAGGAAGAGAGGCUUAGUCACCAAAAACUAUCUGAGAGGAAUAAGAAAAAGAAAGCGGAGAAGAAGACCUCAGAGUCCAUCAGACAGCAAAAGAAAUCAGCAAGCAGUUCUUCACAUCAAAGACUUCCCAAAAAGGUCACAUCACGGAAAGAGCAGCAUAGGCAGGAGGGAAGCCAGGAGUUUCCCAGUGAAGGCUGCACUCGUGACCGUGAACCUCCACCUUCUCCGAUCCGCACUGCCUUAGGACAGGUAGUUUCAGAGGUUUUGUUCCCUGUGGAGGAUUCAUCUCCUGCCCAAAGAAUCCCUGUUUCAUCCGAUUCGCCUCCUGUUACCACCUCUGCACCUUCACAAUCCCCAGUUCCUCCGUGUAAUGCACAGAACUCCAUGGAAGUCAUUUCACAGCUGCUGCAAGAAGCUGAAGAUUCUGAUGGAAAAGAAUUUGAAGAUGACCCUUUGUUACAAGUCCUGCGCAAACAGAGAAAAUGGGUAAAGGAGCAGAUCAGUGAAGUGGACUCGAUUUUGAAUGAAUUCCUGGAGGAGCAACAAGUUACUUGAACAUUGGAAAGAGUCGCUUGAUGUAGUCACGUUUUUUUUUAUUGUUAUUUUGUAAAGAAAUAAAGUUUAUUUGUAUAUUUCCACAUUG